GCCCCACUUGCCUCCUCCCCGGCUCCCGGAGGGGCUCCGGCAGCCGCCGCGACCGACCGACCGACAUACCGACCGACCUCCCUCCCUCCUCCCUCCCUCCCCGCUCCCGGCGGCGGCGGCGGCGAGCGGCAGCUGCGGGCCGGGGCGCGGAGAGCCCCAGGGCGGCGGCGGGGCCGCGGCGAGCCGGGCUGCCCCUGCCCCCGCUGCUCGGGGACCAUGGGAUGCUGCACCGGGCGCUGCACCCUCAUUUUCCUCUGCACUUUGCAGCUGCUUGCUGCAUUAGAGAGGCAAGUGUUCGAUUUCCUGGGAUACCAGUGGGCCCCUAUCCUAGCCAACUUCCUCCACAUCAUCAUUGUUAUCCUCGGCCUGUUUGGCACUAUUCAAUAUAGACCUCGCUACAUAGUGGUGUAUGCCAUCUGGACUGCAAUUUGGGUCACCUGGAACAUCUUCAUCAUCUGCUUUUACUUAGAAGUGGGAGGGCUUUCAAAGGACAGUGAACUCUUGACAUUCAACAUCUCCCGGCACCAGUCAUGGUGGAGUGAAAAUGGUCCUGGCUGUGUAAGGAAGGAGGCUUCAAUGUCUGGCAUCAAAGGGCUGGAUAGCCAUUCCUACAUCUCUGUGAUAGGCUGUGCCCUGGAGUAUCGGUACAUUGAGGUCAUGCACAGCUCCUUCCAGAUCCUGAUUGCGCUGGUGGGCUUUGUCUACGCCUGUUACGUUGUUAGUGUUUUUACAGAAGAAGAAGACAGCUUUGAUUUCAUUGGUGGAUUUGAUCCAUUUCCUCUCUACCAUGUCAAUGAAAAACCCACCAACCUUUUGUUCAAGCAGACAUACCUGCCUGCGUAAGUAAAGAGGAGCCAGAGGAUGGAUAAACCUUGCACUCCACCAUCAAAGGAGCUGCAGGAGACAAUCCCCUGUGGCCUGGAUCUUUGGCAGAGGAAAUGCAGGAUGGUGAACUCCAUUCCAUUUUUUGUUCCUUGUCUUCUUUUCAAAUGCGAUGAAUGUACAUUGAAGAAUGGCCACGCGGUUGGUCUUUAAUUCUCCAAGUGCCCUGAUGAACCAUUCCUACCAUAGUCGGGUGGUACUAGCCAAUAAAUGGCACAGGCCUGAAGACCUCAGGCAGAACAAGUUCACUGAGAGCCUCUCUCAAGCGAUACAGUUGAAGUCGGAGCUGCUUCCUUGCACCAUGGAUCCAUAAAGAAGGAAGCACUGCAUAACACCCUGGGACAUUUCAUAUGUUCUGUAGUUAGCUUCUUCCCCUUCUCCUUUCCCUUGUUCUGAAAAAAGCCUAAAUCCCCUAACACAACUUCAUCUCCUCCCUGCCAGUAUAGAACUAGGUGGGGGCUAUUUACAUUUGAGUUAUUUAGGCUUUUUUUUUUUAAAGUUAUAGAUGAGCACUCUGCCCUUCUUCCCCCCGCCCCCAUCCAGGACUCCCUUCCUCAUUCUCUAUUCUUUAGACAUGGUCAGCACCUUAGCAGUAGGCAUUUGUCCUGGAUUUCAGUGUUCUGUGACCUAACUCCUGUAAUGCUGAACAGCUGAAAACUAGUACAAGCACCAAAUCUUUACUCAGCAUGGAGCUUAGCCCCAUUUCAACAUGCCAAGCCAUUCUCAGAGCAGCUGUAGCUUACUCUGGGUUUGCCCAUCUACAUUAAAUUAACACUGGUGUAGCCAUAUACACAGCUGAAGCCUGCUGCAGGACACUGGAAAAGGCCUGAUCAUGGAUCAUAGAUGGUUUUGUACCUGCCUUCUUCACCGAGCAGCCACGCUUAUUCCAGGCACAAGCCUGGCAACAUCCUGAUGGCAGGGGUUUUUUUGUGACAGGAUAAUUUUGAAGGGAGGGAAUGGGCUGAAGGAAAGGGGGAAUAUAAGUGUAAUUAAGUUGCAUUAAUGAGCUGCAGCAAUUAAUUAAAAAAAACCCAAAAAACAAUGUCAGUUUUGUCAGCAUCUCCCAGCAGGUUAAGCAUCCAGCAGAGAAAGAGCACUUGUCAGCCAUCCGUGGCAUUCUUUGGCUGGUACGUUCCAAGUGCUGUUGUAAUUCUUCAUUGUCUUGCCUAAUCUGUUUGAGAUUACUUGGCAUUUUUAAGUAAUGCUUUUCAGAAGAGUCAAGCUAGAAGCCAUGCUAGGGAGGGGAAGUGUAAGGGAAGAAUUAAAAGAAAUAAACACAUUAAGUGCUAAGUCAAAGACAGAAUGAUGCACCUUUCUUUGUCCCAUUCCAAAGGGCCCAGGAAGCAAAAUCCUCUUCUAUAAACCCAAAAGUAUAAGCACUAAAAGAACAUUUCUUUGUUUCUGUGCAACUUGGAUUCCAGAUACCCACUGCAACCUAACAUCCUGAGUUCUUAUCAGGUGCGGCUGCAAGUAAAAAUGUUUUCUGUAGGUAUUUUUCCUUCUUUUAGCCAGUAGAAGCCACAGCUUCUGCCUGAGCAGAACAGACAACUGACAGUUGCUGGUUUGAUACUACUUUCAUCAUUUGAGGAAGAAAAAGCUCAACCCUCUUUAAAACAGCUCGGCCUGACAAAACAUAACUACCUCCCAUAUUAGUCAAUACUGUGCUACUACCAAGUUAAAAAAAAAACAUCGUAGUGGAAGACAAGCUACUACACCAUUUAGACAGCAUGCAUAGCAGUGUGCAUACGCUAUCUCUUAGCACUUUCUCCACCUCUUCUUUGAUUCAGUUCAUACCGGUAUUACACUCAUUCCUACUUGCCCACCUGAUGUUCCCUGGAGGGGCAGAAAAAGGAAUGGAAGAAUACAUAUGCUCUAGUCAAUGAGAUUGUUCCAUGAAAGAUUUCAUUUAUUUGGAGCUUUUGAAAUUAAUCUUCCCUUUCCUCAUCAGAAAACACUGACUUUAUACUUUCUGGUUUAAUACGAUUUCUUUUCCCAGAGAGAAAUGUUGUCCAGAGACCAGCAUUCUUUAUUGGCCUUCUUUGAGAGCAACCAAAAUUCAGAACAGAUGGUGCAGAAAGCACAGUUUCAGCUUUGAACAGCUGAAACAUUUCACUGGUAGUUUCAGGAAGGAAUCCUUCUAGGUGGUAGUAGGAAGUCAGAAGGAACUCUUUGAAUUAUUUUGAGGUCUGCAUGUUUUUAACACUAUACCUCUCAAACUGACUAAGCCUUGAUGCCACAUUUACUAAUAAAACUGAUCAAAACCACUUGCCAAGUACUCUAAAGAGACUAAGCAUCAAACUAUGCACUUAAUGGCAUGCCUCUUGACUUUAAUACACACUGGUAAAGAUCAAUUAAAUA